AUGAACAGAUCACCUCCUACCCAAAAUGCUCCGCCAUCUAUUGUGGCUAGUCAGAUCCCAAUGGACUCACUAGAACUCAUCCGUAAUCGACUCAAUCAGGUACUCCAGUCGCUACGCAAGCUUUCAGAACAGAUAACAUAUACUCAGAGAAAUCCAAAGGCGAAAUUGCCCAGCUACCUGAGUCUUCUGAGCCAAUUCCAGGUAUUGAUCACGCAGCUUCAAACCAUUGUGGCCCAACUAGAUGCCAAUGACGAGAUACUACGGUCCACUAAUGUGUAUCCUCUUCCAUCAUUUCCCACUACUCAACAAGAAGGUUUAGUGACUACACUUUUACGGAAGAAGCCACUACCUGAAGUGGACGAAUGGAUUGAUGCUGCUAUUAAUGAGAGUAAUGGUUUCCGUCUUCCUAUACAGAAAGAUGACGAGUUUGCAGAAUGGUGCCAUUCCAAGGUGAAAGAACUUGAGGAGAACUUUAACUUUGAUGGAUUUCAUUCUGAAGCCGAAUUGGCAUAUCUAGAGACAGAAGAGGGUAAAGCAGAGCAGCAGAAAAAAAAGGCUGCCGAGGUAGAGAGAGACAAUAAGCAGAAGUCUAUUGUGGGAAGCAAACCUGCGCUCAAACCAAAUGUGGUGCUCAAGUUCAUGAAUAGAGGAGUUCUCGACUAG